UUUGGCAAAAGACUUUUAGUGCUCUACUGGAGCAAUUCGCUAGAUACUGACUUUGUGUUUGUGUGAUCUCGUGAUUUAAAGCCUGUGGUGGCGUACCAAAGCAGCAUAUUGGAAGGUAUCUCUGUUGAUAUUGCAUCCAUCUGUGUGUACAAAUUUUUAGAUAUCACAUACUGUUGUUAGAUUCUAUUCUUGGCAUUGCCAAUGAUCUAACUAGAUUAUAUUCUCUUGUAGCCUAUUGCUUCCUUGCGAAGAAAACCCAACAUUUUCAUUUGCAAACAGCAGUCCAAAUGCAUUUCCUGAGCAUAAUAAACACCCAUAUAAAAAUUAAUCAUUGAAUGGUGUCAUCUAGAGAGUUGUCUCUGUAUUUAGAACUCAAUUAAAAAAAAUCAUUUGUGAGCUUGGGAAAUUCAUCUAUAUGCGUGAUGAAUAUGUGAUAUUAGCUAGCCUGUUAUCGAUGCAAACAGGGAGGGUAUAUAAUGGUAUUAGAUAAACAGUGCUUAGUUUGCCAUGUCAUCCUAAGGUCAGCAAAAUUUUGUGCCUUCUUUUGUUUUCUGCAACUAGCUGCCAAUAUUAUUUAUUAUCGAUCGAUGUAGGUCUUAGUUAAUUGUCUCGGUGCUCUACAGAAAGAAGGAAAAAAAAAAGGAGUUUUGUUUUAAUGUAGAUCUUUUGGCCUCUGUUAGUUGCACGAGAGCUCAUGGUUUCCAGCCACACAAUCCAUGGGCUCCUUCUCCUUGGCCUUAAGUGGUGGCCAAUCAUCAUAAGUGAGUCUAGGGCCCUCCGAACAGUAUUACACAACAGUAACCCUGCAAAAGAUUUGGUAUCUAGAGUGAGCCAUAUUGUGCCCUGGUGAUGGAUGGUCAAGUGCAACAGGAGGACCCAGGAGUAUAGGCCCUCCUUAAAAGACUGUUCAGAUGGAUUAGAGCAAUGGGGCAGCCAAAAAAAUGGUUGGUUCUGCUUUCCUCUUGCUCCCCAGGCUCAUAAAUCUGAGAAUGAUAUUUUUGCUUCACUUUCAUUUCCUAUAUGUGUGAUGCUUCAUAAAUGGAUAUUAUCGAAUGCAUACUGUAACCUUUUUUUUUUGGGUCCAUUGAGCUCAAUACUUGAGAGUUGAUAGGGAGAGGAGUGAAACAGCUGAUCACAUAACCUCCAUUUGAGGACAGUUCCUCUUCCUAAACAGAAAAGAGAGGCAGUGACCAGUGUGGCCUGUAUUGUCUUUGCCCUUGUCUUUAUGUACCUCCAUUUUAUAUUGCGCCGGUUGUUUCAGCUGCUCGCCUGCUUCAGAGUCAGAGCUUCUUCCCUUUCUCACUUCUCAGAGAGAGAAGAGAGAGAGAGAAAGAGCCCUCCACUGCCCUGCCCUCAGAGGCAUUCUUUGUCACAGGGGGGCGAGAGGAGAGGGACAGAGAGGGCUGAAGAUCACAUGGUGGCCUUUUUUUGGGUAUGUGACAGCUUCUGCCUUUGGUCUUUUAGAGUGCUUCCUUUUCUCUCCUCAUGACAUGAAACCCCUUUUAAAACCUCAAAUCACCACCUCAUCGGCCGUGCCUUCUCCUGCUCCUUUAAGAUCCCUCAACCCUGCCCUCAUUUUUCUUCAUCCCCCAGCCUUUGCCGAAAGGGCAAGAACAAAGCAAUAUGAUCAUCUGAUCUCCUCCCACCGCCAUCACAAUCCUACACGUUGUGGUGAGUGGUGACUAGACAAGGUAAUAAACGCAUCCCCCCCCCCCCCCCCCCCCUCUGGCUCUGCUUUUUACCACCCUCUAUAUUGCUUGCUGCAAGAAGCAGCUCCAGGAAAUUUGUCACUCCAUCUCCAUGGAGGUUGCCAUGGUCAGCACAAGAGCCAGCCUGCUCAUCCUCAUCCUCUCCCUCUGCUCUCCAUACAAAUUCAUACAAAGCCCCAUGGACUUCGGCCCCUUGAACCUGCUCCCCACCACAACCACCGCGUCCAGCGAUUUCGGCAGGAUAGUCUUCCACUCCCCAGCCGCGGUGCUGCGGCCCCAGUCGUCAGGGGACAUCUCCAUGCUUCUCAGCUUCCUCUCCGGCUCGUCUCUGAGCAAGGUCACGGUGGCAGCCAGAGGAGCAGGCCACUCCAUCCAUGGCCAGGCUCAGGCUCUGGAUGGCAUUGUGGUGGAGAUGCGCGCCUUGCCUGCCGAGAUGGAAUUCCACAGAGGAGGAGAAGAAGGACAGGUUUCCUACGCCGAUGUGAGCGGUGGGGUUAUGUGGAUCGAGCUCCUGGAGCAGAGCCUGAAGCUCGGGCUGGCUCCAAGGUCAUGGACUGACUACCUCUAUCUCACCGUUGGCGGAACGCUGUCCAAUGCCGGCAUCAGCGGGCAGACAUUUAAGCACGGGCCUCAGAUCAGCAACGUUCUACAGCUGGAGGUAGUCACAGUUUUUUUUUCCUUCCUUCUGUUACUCUCUCUCGGUUGCACAGGACGAGGGGAGAUUGUGAAAUGCUCACCCAGCAAGGACGCCGAUCUGUUCAAUGCCGUUCUGGGAGGCCUUGGCCAGUUUGGCAUCAUAACCAGGGCCAGGAUCCUGUUGCAGGAAGCUCCACAGAAAGUGACGUGGGUGAGAGCCUUCUAUGAUGAUUUCAGCAUCUUCACCAGGGACCAGGAGUUGCUGGUGUCGAUUCCGGAUUUGGACUACGUCGAAGGUUUCAUCGUCUUGAAUGAACAAUCCCUUCACAGCUCCUCCAUCGCCUUCCCUGCUAGCGUGGACUUCAACCCGGAUUUUGGCACCAAGAACAGCCCUAAGAUCUACUACUGCAUAGAGUUUGCAGUCCAUGAUUACCAGCACAAAAACACUAAUGUGCACCAUGUUGUGGAGGUUAUCUCGAGGCAGAUGAGCCACAUGGUGUCCCAGUUGUACAGUGUGGAGGUGUCCUACUUCGAUUUCCUGAACCGGGUCAGGAUGGAGGAGAUGAGCCUGAGGAGCGUGGGGCUAUGGGAGGUACACCACCCAUGGCUCAACAUGUUUGUGCCAAAGGCCGGGGUCGCUGACUUCAGGGAUCUGCUCAUGGACAACAUUUCACCGGACAGCUUUGAGGGCCUCAUCCUCAUCUACCCACUCCUCAGAGACAAGUGGGACACCAACACAUCAGUGGUGAUACCGGAUUCCGGGUCCACGGACCGGGUGAUGUACGUGGUUGGCAUCCUCCGCUCCGCGAACCCUGAAGAUGGCUGCUCCCACCACUGCCUCCAAGAGCUUCUCCGCCGCCACCGCCGGAUCGCCGACGCCGCCGGAGCACGCCUCGGCGCCAAGCAGUACCUGGGUCACCACCCGACUCCGGCCGGCUGGCACCAGCACUUCGGCCGGCGGUGGGAGCAGUUCGCGGAGCGCAAGGCCCGGUUCGACCCGCUACGCAUCCUGGGGCCCGGACAAGGCAUAUUCCCUCGGACCCCCGAUGCUGCUGCUUAUGCUGGGAGCUAGCACUAGCAGCGAUUACAGUAAGCAGCGAGGGAUAUAUAUAGAUUAGCUGCUGACUAGGAUGCGAUGCGGCCGAUUAAUCCUGUUCUUCCUCUUUUCUCUGCUUAUUUCUCUUGGACUUGGAUCAGUUUCCUCAGCGUUUUGAGGCGUGGAGGGGGCGGUGGUGGUGAAUACCACUGGGAAUUUUGGAACUUUUGUAUGUACAGGCUGAGGAAGCACAGGCUUUAAUUUAAUUAUUAUUAUUAAUUAAUUAGGGAAUAGAGAUAGUGAUUCUAUUCGAUCGAUCUUCUGUAUUCCUUGUUCGA